AUGGCCGAUCGCACGGCUCGUCGCGACGUGGAUCCAGGAUGCUCGAGAAGGACUCCAAAGUCAUGGUACAGUCCUCAGCGAGGAGAGUCGUCGCGGACGCUCGUACUACCCGUGUUACCCGUGAUCCGACGUGGCGUUUCCAUUUCCAAGGCAAAGGCAGCACCGAAUGCCUCGUCUCAGAGGUUCUUCUUUGGGCUGGGAACCGGCAACCGCUGCACGACGACGAACACGGCCCUCACUGCAGGGGCAACUGCGACCAUCCAAUCACCCAACUACCCCAGCAACUACAAUAACAACUACUACUGCAAGUGGACCUACACGUGCGCAAAGCAGCUGACGCUGUCCUGUUCCAACAUUCAAAUCCAGUGGUCUCUAUUCUGCUGGCGAGAUGCACUUCUCGUGUGGGGCGGCUCGGCAGGAUACAAGACAUUGUGCGGGAGCACAUCAUUGACAUACACGGUGGCUACGGGCAGCACGCUCUCCAUCGUCUUCAAGACGGAUUGGUGGUGGACAGCCAAGGGCUUUCAGUGCACUGUCACCUGCGCCGCAGCAAAGGAUGUGUCUGCUCUUCAUCUUCCAAUAAAAGUGAAGGUCACGAGUGGUAGCCUGACCCAAUCGUUCCAGCGAGUGCGCUCUUGUCCGCACGCCAUAGGGCCAUCGACCAUUUCCGUGAUGUCAGAAUUGAAGGACCUUCAGUACUUGAGUGGUUUCGGGUCGGAGUUUGCGAGCGAGGACCCUCGGUGCCCGGGAGCCCUUCCCCAGAAUCAGAACACUCCUCAGAAGUGUCCCUACGGACUUUACGCCGAACAACUCUCUGGGACGGCAUUCACGGCGGAGAGAGAGGAGAACCGGCGAACCUGGUUUUAUCGCAUCCGCCCCUCCGUAUGCCAUCGAACCUUUACACCUAUUCUCUCUGGAAGCUUCAUCCCCGAAUGGGACAAGAUCAAGUCCACCCCGAAUCAGUUGCGCUGGCGCCCGUUCGACAUCCCGUCGGUUGCGACGGAUUUCGUGGACGGGCUGAACACGGUGUGUGGGGCUGGUGAUCCUCGGACCCGGCAUGGAUGCGCCGUUCAUGUCUACGCCUGCAACGCUUCCAUGACGGACAAGGCCUUCUACAACUCCGACGGCGACCUCCUCAUCGUCCCUCAGCUGGGAGUCCUGAGAGUGACGACGGAAUACGGGAAAUUGAUCGUGAAGCCGAAUGAGAUCUGCGUCAUCCAGCAAGGCAUGAAAUUCAGCGUGGAGGUGAUAGGGGAGAGCCGUGGUUACAUCCUGGAGGUGUUCGACGGUCACUUCACCCUCCCCAAUCUCGGCCCCAUCGGAGCAAACGGUCUGGCGCUGUCGAGACAUUUUUUCACCCCGAAGGCCUGGUUCGAGGACCGACAGGUCCCGGCGGGUUACAAGGUCGUCAGCAAGUUCCAAGGUCAGAUGUUCCAGGCCAUCCAGGAACAUUCCCCCUUCGACGUCCCCGCCUGGCAUGGCAACUACGUCCCUUACAAGUAUGACCUCUCCAAAUUCAUGGUGAUCAACUCUGUCUCCUUCGACCACUGCGACCCAAGCAUCUUCACAGUGCUGACGUGUCCGUCGACGAAGCCGGGAGUGGCCAUCGCGGAUUUCGUCAUCUUUCCUCCCCGGUGGUCCGUCCAGGAACACACAUUUCGACCUCCAUACUAUCACAGGAACUGCAUGAGUGAGUUCAUGGGAUUGAUCCAAGGAUCGUACGAGGCAAAGGAAGAAGGAUUCCUGCCCGGAGGAGCGAGUCUUCACUCGAUCAUGACCGGCGUACCUGGCCUACGGUUUACGAAGUUGUGGCGGAGGUUGCGGUUUGAGUAA